AUGUUCUCUUUCUAUACUAUAGAAUACCGACUACAUCAAAGUGUUAGAGCCUCAGUUCGCAAACACAGCUGGAUACCUAUAUUUUGGUCACACUGGAAAUCACUACAUGGCAUUGGCUCCUUUGAAGGUUUGAAAUUUCCUAUCUUCAAUGGAAUGAUCCGGAUAAUUAUAUAUUUAACAAUUAUACCAUGAGCUCGAGUCGUAUAUGAGCUGAUAGCCGACGAGGACUGUACACAUGCAGUAUCUGCGAGCCGGGAAAACAUUUCUUGUGAGAUACACUGAAAAUGUGCUUGGUGUAUGCAGUAAAUCCUAGAGCACCUACAAUAUAAUUAAAAAAACGCUUGUUGAAAUCAACUGCAUGGGAAGAUACAGUAUUUUAAAUUUACCUAUUGCUAAUAAAGUAUACAUUAUACUGAUACAAUGGCAUUAUAUAUGUUCAAGUAUCAUAGACAAGUAUAAUGGAAAACCUUAAUUCAAAUAUUGUCAACACUACUGUAGAAAAACUGAAAUGAACUACUAUAAGUAUUUAAAAAGUCAUAAGAAAUGGAAUUAACCCACCCUUAAUAUUGCCACUGCUUUAGAUACAAUAUACAGCACAAGUCGGAACGGGUGUUGAAGAGAAAGAGGAAAUUCUUCCUCAUGCAGAAGCCUGCGAGACUCGAGGGCAGCUUAUCGACUUCAUGGUGAUAAAUAGCUCGACAGACUCGGAUGAAAAGUCUACUUCAUCAGUAUCAACCAAGACUUUCCCGGUAUUGUACAUUGGGUUUCCUUGUGUAAAUUCGUAACACUGCAUGAUAUUGUACAUAUUGUUGUCUCUGGUCUGGGCUAGGAUUAUUUUAUGGUAAUAACCAAUUACUUCAAUGAUAUAAAAUAAGAUUUGUGCCGCGUUAAUUGAGAUACUGGGCAGUAUAAUAGAGGCUAAAAAAUACGAAAAUUUUCUCGAUGGGCACCCUCCAGACCCCCAAAAUUUGGCCUUUUGCAAUUCUACGGGUCUGGCCCAGUUCUUGACAUAUAAAUUUAAAUCAUUCAAGGACGAUUGCAAGAGGAAAUUUUCAGCUAGUUAUAUAUGGUGCAUGGGGAAUGUAUGUAAGCUAUACAGAACUAUACGCAGUCGGCGCUGUUCAACAUAGCGUUAAGUUUUCCUUGUACUUGGCGUUAAUUUUUCCGUGUUUUUGUAGAAUCGGUACCAAUGUCAGCAAUGUUCAGUUUCUUGUCGCUCAAAAAAGAAGCUUGAGAGUCAUGUUCUAAACAGCCACGGAAGCAAAAAGAAUAAAGCUGAAGAUUCAGAGGUAAAAGAAGAUUCAGUAUCUAACUUAUCUUUCUUAAAUUCAUACAAUUGAUGAUUCAUACAGUCACCUAACCAAGGGACAAAGGCAGGCGAACAAGAAAAUGAUUACUGCACUUGUUGAACAAAAACUACCAUUAAUUGAUUAUAUCAAUGCCCUUGUCCGGCACUGUCCGAACUAGUGACACUCCCCCCCCCCCUGGACAUCCGCCAUGCCUCGCCAAAAUACACGCAACCUUGUAUAUAUCAAGAACAAAAAACUUUUCUUACUUUUAGCACUUUUUUUAUAAAUAUAAAUGUGAAUACAAAAAUACUUAUAAAUGCAGAAAGCUAUUAUUUCACGACACUGUUGAUGAUGAGGGAAACGAUUGCCCGAAAAAUGUCGGGUAUUUUUGGCGGGGGACUGCAAUGCUGCAUACCCCCCUCCCCCGUCUCGUGCACCUAUGACAGUACGUUGCAGUAUGCCAGAAUAUGUGAAAUUAACAAUCUUAAUAUACGGCCACAAGGUUUAUCUGACUUGUUAUUCUCAUUUCAAUGGAAUACAACUGACAUUUAGCUACUUACAUAACUCUCACUCACUUGUCCGAAUCCAUUUACAGUAUCAGCAUGCAAGUAACCAAAGUUUUUCGUUUCAGGUAUCAUUUGUUGACCUGACGAAAUCUCCCGUCAAAAAUAAAGACUGUAAAAAGUAAGCAAAGCCUUUAUUUAUAAUAAGUAUUAAUAAUAAAAUUACGCUGAAGUGUAAUUCCUCGAAAAGAAAAUCCAGAAACUAAAAUUUUGCAUUCUUAGCUUGCACGUUUACUUCCACGUUUACCUGUUAUUGCUCUUAUAAUUCACCUGGACAUCAUCAGCUCAAGUCGCCUUUAAAUUUACCUGAGUAGAUACAGGCAAGAUACAGUACGCAAUACUGCCUGCUGACAAGUGUGCAGUACAGUAGUAUAAUAUAGCAUGUAUCCUGACGUUCCUUUCGUUAGCAUUAGCCGUGAGUAAGAUCUGCCUGUGUAUGUGCAAUAAAAGUUACCUGAACCAAAAAUUUAUUUUCAUGUUGCUUAGGAUGUACAGUAGAGUAAGCACGAGUAGUAGUGAUGAAGGUGACGGUGAUGUAAUGCUUAACGAUAGAAGAAAAAAACAAAAAAAAAUUGGCGAGUACUAUUGGUCCAAUGUCAAGCCACAGACAGUGAAAGAUCUUCCAGAU